AUGGCGGCUACCUAUGCUACGUCCGCCGUGCGCAUCGGCAACUUGACACCGGCGCAGCCAAAGAAGAAUAGUAAGCGUUUGGGUCGUGGUAGCGGUACAGACCGUGGUGGCACGUCUACGCGUGGUCAUAAGGGUCAGAAGGCUCGUGCCGGCAACGGCAAGCCCAAACCAGGCUUUGAAGGUGGCCAGACGCCGCUGGUGCGCUUGAUUCCCAAGCGAGGCUUUACCAACCCUCAUAAGCAGCACUUUGCGCCGCUGAACCUGGACCGUCUACAGUUCUGGAUCGAUCAGGGCCGUCUGGACCCCAAUCAACCUAUCACAGCGCGUGAAUUGUACGAAAGUCGAUGCAUUCAUAACGUACGCGAUGGCGUCAAGUUGAUGGGCGAUGGUGCGGAGCAUCUGCGUACCCCUAUCAACAUAGUCGUCUCUCGUGCUUCUCGUUCGGCUAUUGCUGCCGUGGAGAAGGCGGGUGGCUCCAUUGUGUGUCGCUACUACAAUGCUACGAGUCUGCGUGCGUUGGUCAAGCCGCACAAGUGGCUCGCCAAGAACUUGCCAUUGCCGCAUUUCGCUGACCCUGUAUCCUACCGUGACCUAUUGUGGUACUCGUCGGUGAACAACCGUGGCUACCUGGCGCUGCGUGACCGCCAAGCGUCUGAGCCGGCAUCGAUGCCCGAGACGUCAGAGACUUCGUCGUCGUCGUCGUAA